AUGGUCAAAUUAGGCAAGUUCUCCAAGCGGACUCCGGUCCGACUACGACAUAAGAUCGAAAAGGCCUCUGCGGCCAAGCAACGGAAACAGAAAAAGCUUGCGAAGAAGGAUCCCACAUGGCGUUCUAAGCUCAAGAAAGACCCGGGUAUCCCGAAUCUGUUCCCUCACAAGGACAAGAUCCUUCACGAAAUCGAAGAAAAGAGACGAAUGAAGGCGGAAGAGCAGCAGCGUAUUCGUGAUGAAGCUCGUGCUCGUCGGGCCGUUCAGAAGGAGCAAGCAGCAGCAGGAGACGUGAUACCCAACGCCAACAGUCAGCACGUUGUCGACGUCGAUGACGUGUUAGACGAGGAUAUGAGUGAAGAUGGCGGUGACUUGAACCCCAUGGCUGCCCUGCUUGCGUCUGCGCGUGCAAGGGCUGCCGAGUACGAGGAUGAUGACGAGGAUGAAGAAGAUCAUAUGGACGAGGAUGACGAUGAUGACAUGGAUAUGGAUGAAGAUGAGGAAGAUGGUGGUGCGGAGUUGGACGAUUCGACUGUGCCUCAGCUUGUCUCACAGCCUCAUUCGAAAGAGAGCUCUCGACGCCAAUUCGACAAGGUGUUCAAGCAGGUUGUCGACGCUGCCGAUGUGGUUCUAUACGUGCUCGAUGCUCGUGACCCCGAGGGUACCCGUUCCAAGGACGUAGAGCGAGAAGUCAUGGCCGCAUCGUCAGGGUCCAAGCGGUUGAUACUUAUCCUCAACAAGAUCGAUCUUGUUCCUCCGCCAGUGCUGAAGGGUUGGUUGAUCCACCUGCGAAGAUACUUCCCGACGCUACCCCUCAAGGCAUCCAACGGCACCGGCAACGCACACAGUUUCGAUCACAAGCAAUUAACCGUCAAGGGCACGUCGGAGACGCUCUUCCGGGCCCUCAAAUCCUACGCUCAAAGCAAGCAAUUGAAGCGAUCGGUUUCCGUCGGUGUGAUCGGCUACCCGAACGUCGGCAAGUCAUCAGUCAUCAAUGCUCUCACGGCCCGACUCAACAAGGGAUCGAGCAACGCCUGCCCGACUGGCGCCGAGGCCGGAGUCACCACCAACCUGAGAGAGGUGAAGUUGGACAACAAGCUCAAGCUGAUUGAUUCGCCGGGUAUUGUUUUCCCGAACGCGGGCGAAAAGAGCGGCAACAGGAAGGGCAAGAAGCAAAAUGAGCACGCACGUCUCGUCCUGCUUAACGCUAUCCCACCGAAGCAGAUCGAAGACCCCAUCCCCGCCGUGAAACUCCUGCUCCAACGGCUGUCCCACUCAGAGGGACUUCUCUCGAAGGUCCAGCAGCUCUACAACAUCCCCGCCCUCCUCUCAACCGAUGGGGAUCAAACCCAUGAUUUUCUCAUCCACGUUGCCCGCAAGCGCGGUCGUCUAGGCAAAGGCGGCGUGCCGAACAUCGAAGCCGCGGCCAUGACCGUGAUCAACGACUGGAGAGACGGACGCAUCCAGGGAUGGGUCAAUGCUCCUGUGUUGCCAGUGGUGACCACGGUAGAGGCUGCGUCCGGCGCGGAGGUCGGCCCCGGCGUGGACACGAGACAGAUUGUCACGGAGUGGGCCAAGGAGUUCAAGAUCGAAGGGCUCUGGGGAAAUGAUGACGAGGAAAUGGCGGAAUAG